GGAUUUCGAGCUCUUGUCUCGCGAGACUUUCGUCGUGCUGGCGUUGGCUGUGUGGCAGCCUGGAGGUGUCACCUGGAGGUGACAGGGGCUGUUUUGUCGCAGAUUUCCCGCAAAACUGGGUCUGUCCCAGAGGCGUUAAGGAUACAGAAACAUGGAGUAUAUGACGGAGUCCGCCGACCGCACCCCUGGACACAUCUUGUGCUGCGAGUGUGGUGUCCCAAUCAGUCCAAAUCCUGCCAAUAUUUGUGUGGCCUGUUUGCGAAGUAAAGUAGACAUCAGCCAAGGCAUUCCGAAGCAGGUCUGUGUGUCUUUCUGCAAGCAAUGUCAAAGAUAUUUCCAGCCACCAGGAACUUGGAUACAGUGUGCAUUAGAAUCCAGGGAACUUCUUGCUUUGUGUUUGAAAAAAAUCAAAGGCCCUCUGAGUAAGGUACGGCUUGUAGAUGCAGGUUUUGUUUGGACUGAGCCCCAUUCUAAGAGACUUAAAGUUAAACUGACUAUUCAGAAAGAGGUAAUGAAUGGUGCUAUCCUUCAGCAAGUGUUUGUGGUGGAUUAUGUUGUUCAGCCUCAGAUGUGUGGAGAUUGCCACAGAGUAGAAGCUAAAGAUUUCUGGAAGGCUGUGGUUCAAGUGAGGCAAAAGACUUUGCACAAAAAAACCUUCUACUAUCUGGAACAGUUGAUUUUGAAAUAUGGAAUGCAUCAGAAUACACUUCGUAUCAAAGAAAUUCAUGAUGGGCUGGAUUUCUAUUAUUCCUCAAAACAGCAUGCUCAGAAGAUGGUAGAAUUUCUUCAGUGUACAGUUCCCUGUAGACACAAAGCCUCACAGAGACUGAUCUCUCAGGAUAUCCAUAGUAACACAUACAAUUACAAAAGCACUUUUUCUGUGGAAAUUGUUCCAAUUUGCAAGGAUAAUGUUGUUUGUCUGUCUCCAAGACUGGCACAAAGCCUGGGAAAUAUGAACCAGAUUUGUGUGUGUAUUCGAGUAACCAGUGCCAUCCAUCUCAUAGAUCCAAAUACCCUUCAAGUUGCAGAUAUUGAUGGAAGCACUUUCUGGAGUAACCCUUUCAAUAGUUUAUGCCAUCCCAAACAGCUAGAGGAAUUUAUUGUGAUGGAAUGCAGCAUAGUCCGAGAUUUAAAACGCAGUGCCGGGGCUGGAAUGAUAUCAAAAAAGCAUAUGCUUGGGGAAGUCUGGGUACAGAAAACAUCCGAAAUGAAUACAGAUAAACAGUACUUCUGUCGCACUCAUUUGGGACAUCUUCUAAAUCCUGGAGACCUGGUAUUGGGAUUUGAUUUGGCCAACUGUAACUUAAAUGAUGAGCAUGUCAACAAAAUGAACUCAGAUAGAGUCCCAGAUGUGGUGUUAAUCAAGAAGAACUAUGACCGUACCAAACGUCAGCGUCGUAGAAACUGGAAACUGAAAGAGCUUGCAAGAGAGAGAGAAAACAUGGAUACAGAUGAUGAAAGGCAAUACCAAGAUUUCCUUGAAGAUCUUGAAGAAGAUGAGGCAAUUAGAAAAAAUGUAAACAUUUAUAGAGAUUCAACCAUUCCUGUGGAAAGUGACACGGAUGAUGAAGGAGCACCUCGAAUUAGUCUGGCUGAGAUGCUUGAAGACCUUCAUAUUUCCCAAGAUGCUACUGGUGAAGAAGACUCCCCAGUUCUGAAGUUAUGGAUAAAGGCCUGAAGUUUUUAUAGUGGCUCCUGUUCUGUCUGCAUAUUUAAAGUUUUCACUUGUGGUUUGGUUUACCUCUUGUAUGUCAAGACUUUAAGAAGCAUGAAAUAAAAACAUUUUCCCCUUU